CUUUCGAUUUGGUUAAUGUCACAUCAUCUGGCAGCAAAAACAAAUUCAUAAAUUUCCGAUAAUCAGCUGGAACGAGAGCAAAUAUGUCGACUGCACCCGAAGAUCGGUUGCGGGAAACCCUGAAUCGCUGUUUUUCCGAUUCUCUGGUGAAGGGAAUCGGAGGUCUGGUCAUCGGAUCGGUGGUCACCUUACUCUUCUUCCGGAGGCGCAUUUGGCCCGUUUGGUUGGGCACUGGAUUCGGAGUGGGAAUGGCAUAUCGUGGCUGUGAAAAGGAACUCAACGAGGUGAAGUUCUCCCAACGGAAGUGAUUUACAGAACAUUCGGAUACUUUAUUUUACAUAUGAAUACCUGUGGUUCGGUGGCUUGCGUUUAUGUGGAAUGUGGAAUGAUUUGAACACGUGAACUCGAUGAAAUUCGGCUUUUUACUGAGAUGCUGUAUACAAUGGUCUAUAAGAAACAAAAUAAACUGCAAAUCAUAUAAUAUAUAUGGUAUACGUUUAUCUAUC